AUCGUUUAGUAUAAAAAGUAUAUACUACAAGCUGGUAACCAGACGUUACAUCAACUUAACGAGAGACAGUUUUGUUUACAAAAAAAUGAUUGCAUUUACUGUCUUGAAAACUUUCACUGGGAUUUUUAUCUUUUGUGUUAUCGGAACAAAAGCGCAAGAUUGUGGCGGAAAUGAAAAAUUUGGGAAGGACAACCCCGAUGGAAAAGAAAAUCUUGGUCUAACAGACACGUACUAUAUGAUAUGUGAUGGAGAUUACAUGUUUGAUUGUUGCGGCGUUAUUAACAGAUGGGAAUACACGGCGGAAGUCGUCGGGUCCGUGGAACUGCAAGUAUGGCGCAGACAAGGAGGAACUGAUACUUAUAACUUGAUUAAUUCUUUCUCUCAUACGGCCGGAUCAGCAAACGACCAAGAUUUUCACCCCCAAACAGGGAAUCUUAAAAGCUAA